AUGCACCACUCCGCGCAUCACGCGCACGCGCACAGGCCCCGCGCUGCGGCAGCGGGUAGCCAUCCCCGGGCUCCGCACAGCGGGAGCUACGGCAUCGGGGGUUCGCGCGGAGCGGUCGCGAGCGGAAGCACGGGAGCGAGGGCGGUAGGGCGGAGCGGGAGCAUGGGGAGAGGGGGGAGGUCGGCGCAGAGUGGUCGAUAUGAUGACGAUGAGUUGGACGAGGAGGAAGGGGUGGGGUCUGUGCAGGACCGGCCGUCGCUGCAGCAACGAGCGCACUGGCCGCAAAGCUACCGUCAAUCCAUGGACGUAUACAGUCACAUGGCCUCCCCCAGCAUUCCGAAGCUCUUCAGCCCUCUGUCGCACCGACUGAGCGGCGCACUCACCUCCCCACACCCCUCCCUCUCCUACCGCGGCAAGUCCCCCAUCCUCUCCGCCUCAAGCUAUACCCAGCCGCAGAUGCAGCAGGGACUGCUGCCACCGCACCAGGAGCAGCAGCACUACCAGCAGCAACAGCAGCAGCAGCAGCAGCACCACCACCACCAGCACCAGCAGCAGCACAGGAAGAUCUCACCAGACGGUCAGCUCUUAAUAGGCGCCGAUGGGCGUGUGUCCGAGGCUGCGGCGCCUGCUAUUCCGGAGCUAGGCCGGCGUGGCUCUGGAAAAGCAGCAGCGGAAGACGAGGAGGAGGACGACGAGGACGAGUAUUACGACGGAGAGGAGGACGGGGAGGAGGAGGAGGAAGACGACGAAGAAACGUACUACGAGCUACACGGCAAGGGGAGUGGGAGUAGUUUCAUCCAGGCGAUGUUCAACGGGGUGAAUAUCCUCGCAGGAGUAGGGGUUCUCUCCACCCCGUAUGCGCUCAUGCAGGGCGGGUGGGCGGGGCUGCUGCUGCUGGUGCUGCUGGCGGCGAUCUGCUGUUACACGGGCCUGGUGCUGCGGUUCUGCCUGGAUAGUGAGCCGGGACUGGAGACGUACCCGGAUAUUGGCGAGGCUGCUUUCGGCCAGAUGGGACGCUUGCUGAUCUCGAUCGUCCUCUACGUGGAACUAUACGCAUGCUGUGUGGAGUUUCUGAUCCUGGAGGGCGACAAUCUGGGCGCCAUGUUUCCGCAGCUGGGUCUGUCCGUGCUGGGCGUGCACCUGACGUCGCGCCAUGUGUUUGUGCUCAUAUCCGCGCUCUGCAUCCUGCCCACCAUGUACCUGCGCGACCUCAGCCUCCUAUCCUACGUCUCUGCGGGGGGAGUGGUGGCGUCGGUGGUGGUGGUGUCAUCAGUGGCGUGGGUGGGAGUGGCAGACGUGGGAUUCCACCAGUCGGGUCCGCUGCUCAGCAUAUGGGGCAUGCCCGUCACCAUCGGCCUCUUUGGCUUCUGCUACUCGGGCCAUGCUGUGUUCCCCAACAUCUACAUGUCCAUGCGCAACCGCAACGACUUCAACAAAGUGCUCUACUGCAGCUUCAUCCUAUGCACGCUCAUCUAUGGCGGCAUGGCAGUCAUGGGGUUCACCAUGUUUGGGAGUGCGCUGGAGAAUCAGAUCACGCUGAAUCUGCCCCGCCAAUUCAUCGCCUCCAAGAUCGCCAUCUGGACCACUGUCGUCAACCCCUUCACCAAAUAUCCUCUCAUGCGAACAAUCCACCCCCCCUUUCUCUCAUCCUUUGCUUCACUCCACUCCACUCCACUUUUCUCCGCUCUACCGCUCUCUCUUACUCGCUCAUUCUCACUCAUUUUUUUCCUGGCGCUGUGUCUGGAGGAGCUCCUCCCUUUAGACCCGUACUCCCCGGACUACCGCCGGGCCUCCCUCGCCAUCCGCACUGCGCUUGUCGUCUCCACUGUCGCUGUCGCCCUACUCGUGCCUUUCUUUGGCUACGUGAUGGCGUUCAUUGGUUCGUUCCUUAGCAUGACUGUGUCUGUCAUGCUGCCUUGUGCCUGCUACCUUCGCAUCCUCGGGCCUAAAGCCACGCUCUCGCAGCACCUGUUGUCCUAUCUCCUCAUAAGCAUAGGCUUCGUCUGUGCUGUUGCCGGCACGUAUGCAUCAGUGAAGGGCAUUAUUGAGAGCAUGGGGGGAGGCGCACAGGGGAACAAUCUGCAGCUUCACCUCGCCUCUUCUCUCAUCUCCUCGACACCAGCUUGA